CCCUUUCUCCCGUCGUCAGCAGCGAAGCGAGGAAGGCUCGCCGCCCCCGCAGCGGCCUCCUCCCCCACCACCCACGACGCAUCGCCGCCGAUCCCGCACCUCGCGCCACCCUGAUGGCCGCCGGCGGAGGAGGGGACAUCGGCGCCGACUCCGAGCUGCGCCUCAAGAAGGCCAUGGACAAGCUCUACCACUUCCCCAAGCCCAAGCCUAGCACGGGCCCCGGCUCCAAGCAGCCCUCCUCGGCUCUCAGCCUCAGCGGCAUCGGGAGGGCGGGGAAGGCGGCUGGCGCAGUGGGGAGGAGGUUCGGGAUGGUGCGGGGCUCGCGGCUCCCGCCGCAGGUCGCGGCCAUGUCGACGAUCUCGCCGCCGCCGCCGUGCCGCCCGUGGGACCGCGCCGACCUCAUGCGGCGGCUGGCGACCUUCAAGGCCAUGACCUGGUUCGCCAAGCCCAAGGUUAUUAGUCCAGUUAACUGCGCAAGGAGAGGAUGGAUUAAUAUUGAGCCAGAUGUUAUAACGUGUGAGGCAUGUGAAGCACGGCUCCUGUUCUCCACUCCUUCCUCAUGGGCAGCGCAGCAAGUUGAAAAGGCUGCUGCUGUUUUUAGCUUGAAGCUGGACAGUGGACAUAAACUACUCUGUCCAUGGAUUGACAACAUAUGUGAUGAAUCACUUGCAUUAUUUCCACCAACACCACCUCCUGUUUUAGUUGAGAAUUACCAUGAGGGUUUCUCCUCACUGCUACGACUAUCAGCACUUCCAAGAAUCUCAUGCUCUUCUCUGGAGAGCAUGAAGAAGAGGAGCCCACAGCUAGAGCAGUUUCUACUGAAACCGUUCUCUUCAUCUGUUGUCCUUAAAGGGGGGUUUAUACUUACUGAGGAUUCAACAGUUAAGGAUUUAGAUGAAACUUUUCAAGAUGCUGACACAUAUUAUCAGGCACUGAAGAUAAUAAGUUUGUGUGGCUGGGAACCCCGUUUGCUACCCUAUGCUGUUGACUGUGGAAUUAAAUCUCAUUCAGAUGCAAACUCUACCUCUACAUUACCCCAACCACGGCUACUAAAUAACUCAAUGGAAGAUCGGGUUGUAGUUUUCUCACCUAAUGAACUUGAUGGUUCUCCAGCAACUGCAGAUCCUAAUCAAGAAGAUCAAUAUUAUGAUCCGUUAUCAGUUGUUUUAGAUUGUCAAUUUUGUGGAGCUUGUGUUGCCCUGUGGCCUUUUUCACUUGUAGAACGACCUCUUCAACUCUUUAAGCUGAUAUCAGAUUCUAGUAGGCAAGAUGAGCAAACUGAUGGGCACACUGGCAGAGUAAGUGGAGCAGGACCUUCAAAGACUGCAAAUAUUGGUUUUAAUUUCACUAUUGCUGGUGGUCCUCCACCAACUAGACAGAAUUUUCGGCCAAGAGUUUCAUUGCCUGUUGUCAGUCGACAUUUGAAAGCUGACUUAAGCUCCCGUGGAAAUUUUAUUCCCUCUGGAAGUGAUGGCCACAUAGUUCCUGUUGCUUCGCAUGCUUCAGGGUCAACCAAACGUAAAAGAAGCAUGGAUGAGUCUCAUAUGUUGGAAGGCAACAAUACGAUCUCGAAUGAUGCUGACACAAACACCAAAGGAGCAGAUCAUCAAAGAGAUAAUUCUGUAAAUGGCAUGCCAAACUUGGUAGCAAACACUGAAAACCACCAAGGGGGUUCACAUUCAGAUAAAAGUAAGGUUACCAGUACAGGAGAAGUUUCAAAUGAAGAACCAGAAGCAGGUCAUGCUGCAAUCAGAAGUCUCACAAGGACAGACACGGAACUUGGUCAAUCAGAACCCAGAUCUCCACCAGCUGGAGAUUCUUCUAUUGCCCGUGGUUUGGAAGAGAGUUGCUCAAAAAAUUCCAGGCCAGUUCAGGCUGCCAAAUUCACAAAAUCAUCUGUCAGCAGGGGAACAGCUGCUUGUCAACCAUCAGGAAAACAGGGCCUGUACGACAAAUUAAAUGAAUUCGAUCCUAUGAAGCAGCACAGGACGUUCUGCCCUUGGAUAUGCCCUGAUGAUGGUGAAGCCUUGCCUGGAUGGAGGCUGACACUGUCGGCAUUACUUUCUCAGGACAAAAGAUCUGAUGGGGAUUCACAAGUGGAGCCUCAGAUCAGCUUUCUCAAUGAGGAGGAUGACCCUGUUGCUUCUGUUAGAAAGCUUUUCAUGACACCGCCUUCUAAGAAGUUGAGGAUACAUCAAGCAGAGAAGGGCUGAUGAGUGAUAACUGUAUUGGCCAGAGUUGGGGUGUUCAUGCCAGUCUCUUCCGAUCUGUCUAAACACGUUUGGGACACUAGUCACGAACUCUCCCCCUGUGGCCAUGAGUACUAUGAUAGAAGCAAAACAGUUUCGGUUUCUGCUGGUUCCCUGGAACCAUAUUUGUACACCCGUUGGCGGGACUACCCAUAUCAUGGGACACAACCAUCCAACCAGUUCUGCUGAAAUCUGUUUGUAUGCAUUGUACAAAUGUGGGGGGCAGGAACAAGGAAAGGAAAACGUAAGGAUUUGUGGUUUGUUCCACCGGCACGCCUAAUUAAGGCGAACACUGCCUGGGAAUCUUACUGUAAAGACCACUAGUUAUUCGUUCCAUUCGUGGUGGUUUAAAAAAAUGUAGAGGGCAUUCAUUUCCUCUUCCCCUGGAAUUUUUGUAGCUUAGUAACGUUUGUGAUUACAGCACUUGUAAGUUGAGCUUUGAAACUGUUUGGCGGCU